AGUGUGGGUUCCAGCUGUGUAGAACUGAGCUUCAGCUUCUCGCUCCAGGCAGCGGUAGCAGCGGCAUCUCUGAGCGGCGCCGGACUGUGUAUAACACCGGGCGUGGAAACGGCCAUCUACACUGGGCGCGCAGGCUUCAUCCUACGAGGCUCAUUGUGGCAACACAUGGGAAUCCUUACUGGCCACUGGGACCCGCUUGCUCAGAGCAGGGCUACUCGGCACUGGAAGGGACAAGCCUACAAGUGGGCACAGCCAGACAUGUACAGACCGUCACGUGGCUACUGUUAGGGACUUCAGCUUCUCUCCACCUGGGAACAGUGGGCAUCACUUUGGCAGCGUCUAGGAGCAACCAGACAUCAGUUUGGCGCAGCAGGGCACUACCUGGGCAAGGUCGGCCAUCAACUGGGUGCUGAUUGGACUGGACUGGCAUCACUUGGGGCAGGGCAACGUGGGCUCCUUAAAGGGUCAAGCGAGAGAGACAGUCACAGUUCGCAGGUGAAUGUGAGAGAGAGACAGUCGCAGUGGGCAGGUGAAUGUGAGAGAGAGACAGUCGCUGUGGGCAGGUGAAUGUGAGAGAGAGGCAUCCUGAGUGGGCAGGUGAGCGAAAUAUAAGGAGACUCACCAAGUGUGAAGAGAGAAGCCUGUAGUCUGACGAUGAGAGACACUGUAAAAGAAUGAGACAUUGAAGAUAGCAGGUUAUUGAAGGUAGAGAGAAAAAGAGACAACCUGAUUGGGCAGGUGAUAGAGAGAGAACGACAGAGAGACUGAGGACGGCCCUGUAAUUAAGGCACAGAGAAAGAGAAACACCCUGAGACAAAGAGAUCCUAAGGGGACAGGUGAGUUUGAGAGAGAGAGAUCCCCAGGGUGAGUGAAAUAAAUAAAAAGAACAGAAUGAGGCAGCAAACAGGUGAGUGAGACAGAGAGAAAAGCACCCUGAGGGGCAGGUAAGAAAGAGCAAUAAUCUGGCAGAAUUAGAGGUACAGAGGUAUCACAGACUGAGAGACUGGGCAUGUUAAACUAAACUGUACGAGAAUCUGAGUAAAGGAUUAAUUGAUACAGAGAUUCUGAGUGAGUAAGGGGGGUGCUCUGAGACAUAUUUGUAGAAGAGACAAAGAGAGUCUGGGUGAUUUUGAGAAGCACAAUAUGUGUGAGUGAAACUGAUUCGGAAAGGUAACUACAACACGAGACUGCAAGAGAGAUUGGGGGAGAAUCAGUGAGAGCCAGGAACUCACCAAGAGUAACCCUGAAUGGGAGUAGAUGGGGAGAUGCUGGAUGAAUCCAGUGGGAAAAUGGAAUAGUGACCCACGGGGAGACAGCUGUGUGACAAUAAAUAACCCAAACGAGAGAAAAAAUGAUACUGUAAAUUCAAAGAGACAGCCCCUGAGUAAGUCAGGCAAGGGCAAGAGACAGGUGCAUAAGAGACUCUAAACAAGACAGAAAACUUAAAAGGUGAGUGAGUAAGGACAAGGCUGUGAGUGAAACAGGAGAGAGAGUGUGAGAGUUGUGUGACAGCAUGCAAAAUGCAGGAUAGACUCCAUACAAGACAGGCUUGGAACUAAAGAGACAGUUGGCAGACACUGGUUCAGCUUAAAAAAUUAGAAGAAAAAAUAUACACUCAGGAAGGAGAGGAUGCCAUAAUCAUUUGGCCAGUGUAUUGGGAAGUUAAUGAGUGAUAUUGCAUGCAUGUAGGAAUGACUGACAUUCUCCUGAACUGUCUACAGUAGGUGAAAUAACUAGUUUGAUGAUAAAAGGCCUGGGAAAUAGACAGGAUUGAUCUGGGGCAGAUAGAGAGAGUGCCACACACCUAUUCUGUGUGUCAGAGACUCUACCUUUGGUCUCAAUGGGAAUCCAGAGAAGAUCAAUGGUGGAAUCUGGAGGCUAAAGGCUGCUAGAUGAAGGAUCACAUUGAGUAUUGACUUUCCUGACCCUGGGACCUCUGGCCGGAGCAUGGAAAAAUCUCAAGAGCAAAGACCAGCCAAAGACCCUGGGGAACCAGGAUCGGAGCUGGAAGGGCUGCCCUAUCCGACCUUGGCCCCAGUGGUAUUCUUCUUCCUGACCCAAGAGAACAGACCUAGGAGUUGGUGUCUAAAGAUGGUGUGUAAUCCCUGGUUUGAGCGGUUCAGUAUGCUGGUCAUCCUCCUCAACUGUGUGACUCUAGGGAUGUUCCACCCAUGUGAAGACAUAGCUUGUGAUUCUCAGCGCUGUAAGAUACUGCAGGGCUUCGAUGAUUUCAUUUUUGCAUUUUUUGCGGUGGAGAUGAUUAUAAAGAUGUUGGCCCUGGGAAUAUUUGGGAAGAAAUGCUAUCUAGGAGACACCUGGAACUGCCUAGACCUCGUUAUAGUGGUGGCAGGGAUGCUGGAAUAUUCUCUAGACCUCCAAAAUGUCACCUUCUCCGCAGUACGCACUGUCAGAGUCCUCCGCCCACUGAGAGCCAUUAACAGAGUGCCAAGUAUGCGCAUUUUGGUGACUCUGCUGCUGGACACCCUGCCCAUGCUGGGAAAUGUCCUUCUCCUGUGUUUCUUUGUUUUCUUCAUCUUUGGGAUUGUGGGAGUCCAACUGUGGGCAGGGCUUCUAAGAAACCGCUGCUUUGUUCCUGAAAACUUUAGUCUGCCGGCUUCCUUGGAAAUAGAGAGAUACUACCAGACUGAAAAUGAGGAUGAGAACCCUUUCAUCUGCUCUCAGGCCAGGGAGAAUGGGAUGCGAUAUUGCCGCAACGUCCCUGCCAUGAGAGAGGAAGGCCUGGAAUGUACACUGGACCAUUAUUUCUAUAACAAUACCAGUAACACCUCCUGUGUGAAUUGGAACCAGUAUUACACCAACUGUUCGGCUGGGGAGCACAACCCAUUCAAAGGGGCUAUCAAUUUUGACAAUAUUGGGUAUGCCUGGAUAGCAAUAUUUCAGGUGAUCACUCUGGAGGGCUGGGUGGACAUCAUGUAUUUUGUCAUGGAUGCCCAUUCCUUCUACAACUUCAUCUAUUUUAUUCUUUUAAUUAUAAUAGGAUCAUUUUUCAUGAUCAAUCUGUGUCUUGUGGUCAUUGCCACUCAGUUCUCGGAGACUAAGCAGCGGGAGAGCCAGCUGAUGAAGGAGCAGCGAAUUCGCUUCCUCUCCAAUGCUAGCACUUUGGCCAGCUUCUCAGAGCCAGGCAGCUGCUACGACGAGCUCCUCAAAUACUUAGUGUACAUAACGCGCAAGGCUAGCAAGAGGCUCGUGCAGUUCUAUCGAGCAGCUGCCUUCAAAGCAGGCCUGUCGGAUAGGCCUGUGGUAAACAACAGCACGGAGAAGCCGAAUCGCAGACACAGGAGGAGGAGAUCUUCUGUGCAUCAUCUAAUUCACCAUCACCACCACCAUCAUCACCAUUAUCACCUUGGAAAUGGGAGCCUCCGUGCACCACAGGCCAGUCCUGAACUUAGCGAAGUGGAGACCAGUUCUCCUCACAAUACAGCGAGGCUGAUGGUGGCAUUUACCGGAUCCCCCAUUGCUUCUGCCACUAACACACAGUCCAUCCAUAGCAUUUACCAUGCUGACUGUCACCUGGAACCAGUGCAUUGUGUACAAAAUUUUGCCCACCCUGGUCCUGCUUCAGCAAAUCCAGAGGUCCUCCCUAGAAGUAUAACUGGAAACAAAAACUACCCUACUUUGCAACCAAGUGCGUCACCUGAUAUACAAGUGGAUUCAGAACCAGGGGAACCACAAGAAAUCACCAGCGAUGUCAACAUUCUCCCUGUGUCAGUUUUUAACUCAAUGAACAGACUGCUAGAGACCCAGAGUGCAGGUAUCGGCAGGGUUGCCUGUAAGAUCUCAGGACAGGCUACAAACUUAGAAUCUGGAUCUUGCGAUGGAGAGAAAUGUUCCCACUGCAGAGAGACAGAGCUCAGAGAUAAAGAGGGCCCAGAGUCUGAUAGUGAUGGAUGCUAUGAAUUCACUCAAGACCCUCAGGGCAGUGAACAGCAGACAGAAGCUAAAAGAGGAAAGGCCAGAUCCCAAAUCCCCAGCAAGCUGCAGCAGUUCUGGAGGAUGGUUUGUGAAACCUUUAGGAAGAUUGUCGACAGCAAGUACUUUGGACGGGGGAUAAUGAUUGCCAUCCUUAUAAACACUCUCAGCAUGGGAAUUGAGUAUCAUGAGCAGCCAGAAGAACUGACCAAUGCGCUGGAGAUCAGCAAUAUUGUCUUCACUAGUCUUUUCGCUCUCGAAAUGCUCUUAAAACUCUUGGUAUACGGUCCAUUUGGAUAUAUAAAGAACCCAUAUAACAUCUUCGAUGGAAUUAUUGUGGUUAUCAGCGUCUGGGAGAUCAUUGGCCAACAGGGAGGAGGUCUGUCUGUUCUGAGAACGUUCCGGCUAAUGAGGGUUCUCAAACUGGUACGGUUCAUGCCUGCUCUGCAGCGCCAGCUGGUGGUCCUAAUGAAAACCAUGGACAAUGUGGCCACUUUCUGCAUGCUGCUAAUGCUAUUCAUCUUCAUAUUCAGUAUCCUAGGGAUGCAUCUGUUCGGCUGUAAAUUUGCGUCCGAGAAAGAUGGUGACACUCUACCGGACAGGAAGAAUUUUGACUCCCUUCUGUGGGCUACAGUCACUGUGUUCCAGAUCCUAACCCAGGAGGACUGGAACAAGGUUCUGUACAACGGCAUGGCUUCAACAUCUUCUUGGGCUGCCCUCUACUUCAUUGCGCUGAUGACGUUUGGAAAUUACGUCCUGUUCAACCUGUUGGUGGCGAUCCUUGUGGAGGGAUUUCAGACUGAGGAGGUAUCUAAAAAUGAAGACAUGAGUGCACAUUUAAGCUGCAUACAGCUUCCAGUUGAGUCCAUAGGGCAAGGGGAGGGCUCCCAAUCAGGUUCUGAAUCUGCCCAUGAGGACUGCCAUAUCCGCAAGAGUCUUUCCAAUGCGUCUUUUACUCCUUUACAUGGGUACCUAGAUGGAAAGAGCAUGUUACAACCACCCCUUAUCAUCCACACAGCAGCCACACCCAUGCCAAUGCCAAAAUGUGCUCUGUUUGGAGAUAUUCCCAUGGCGUGUGAAUCUAGGAGGGAGAGUAAUGUCUCUGGAGGUCCACAUGCUUGUGAAAUCAGGCCUAUGUCAAGUUCAAGGAACUCCCCACACAGUUCCUGGGGUGCAGUGUGUAGUUGGAAUAGCCGUAGAUCUAGUUGGAACAGCAUCGGACGAGCCUCCAGCCUAAAGCGGCAUGAGCAGAGUGGUGAGCAUAAAUCCCUUCUGUCUGCUGAUGGAAAGGAAAGCUCAGAAGGUGACACAUCAGAUGAGGAGGUAUCCAGCCGUACUGGCUCUUCCCUCAACAGGAUGGACCUUGUGGAUAAACGAGACCUCUAUGACUUGCAUGAUACAUUGCAUGUGCCUUAUCCUUAUGGAAUGCAGAGCAGACACAGCCUUCCUGGAGAGUACCAAGAUUGCAAUGGAAAGACAUCACCUUCCACUGUGUUUCCUCAACUCCAUCUAGAAGAUUCUAAGGUUGACUAUAGCAAUAACAUUGAUGAUGAUUUAAAUAUGAGUAGGGGAGAAAGACUGAAAGCUUGGAUCAUAUCCCAUUUACCAGCCUGGUGCAAGGAGAGAGAAACUUGGUCGUUGUAUUUGUUCCCACCAUAUUCCAAAUUCCGGCUGAUAUGCAAUAAAAUUAUCACCCACAGAAUGUUUGAUCACGUCGUCUUGGUGAUCAUAUUUCUCAACUGCAUAACCAUUGCCAUGGAGAGACCGAAAAUAGACUCCCACAGUGCCGAAAGAAUAUUUCUCACAUUGUCCAACUACAUAUUCACCUUGAUUUUUGUGGCUGAAAUGACAGUAAAGGUGGUGGCCAUGAACUUUUGCUUUGGUGGGAAGGCAUAUCUGAGGAGCAGCUGGAAUGUUUUAGAUGGAAUGCUGGUCUUGAUCUCAGUCAUCGACAUUCUAGUCUCUAUGGUGUCUGACAGUGGCACCAAGAUCCUAGGCAUGCUCCGGGUGCUGAGGCUGCUCCGGACUUUAAGGCCACUCAGGGUGAUCAGUCGAGCUCAGGGAUUAAAGCUGGUUGUUGAGACACUAAUGUCGUCUCUAAAGCCCAUCGGUAACAUUGUGGUGAUCUGCUGUGCCUUCUUCAUUAUAUUUGGGAUACUUGGAGUCCAGCUUUUCAAGGGGAAAUUUUAUUAUUGUCAGGGAGAGGACACUCGAAACAUCACUAAUAAAUCAGACUGCCUUGAAGCCAAAUAUAAAUGGGCAAGACACAAGUACAACUUCGAUAAUCUUGGGCAGGCUCUGAUGUCUCUGUUUGUCCUGGCAUCUAAAGACGGAUGGGUGGACAUCAUGUAUGAUGGACUGGAUGCUGUUGGAGUUGACCAGCAGCCAGUUAUGAAUUACAACCCAUGGAUGCUGCUAUAUUUCAUCUCAUUUCUGCUGAUUGUGGCAUUCUUUGUGCUGAACAUGUUUGUGGGUGUGGUGGUGGAGAACUUCCAUAAGUGCCGGCAGAAUCAGGAGGAAGAGGAAGCAAAGAGACGGGAAGAAAAGAGGCUCCGCAGGAUGGAGAAAAAGAGAAGGAGUAAGGAGAGAGAGAUGGCCGAUCUGAUGCUGGAUGAUGUAAUAUUGGACCAUUCUCCCAGUCCAGUUAAAGAGGCUCAGUGUAAACCCUACUAUUCUGAGUAUUCACACCCUCGGCUCCUCAUCCAUCAGAUCUGCACAAGCCAUUAUUUGGAUUUGUUCAUUACUGGGGUCAUUGGAUUAAAUGUUAUCACUAUGGCAAUGGAGCACUACCAGCAACCCAAGGUAUUGGAUGAAGCACUAAAAAUCUGUAAUUACAUAUUUACCCUAAUUUUUGUACUGGAAUCUGGGUGCAAAAUGAUAGCUUUUGGCUUCCGGCGAUUCUUUAAAGACAGGUGGAACCAGUUGGAUCUGGCCAUUGUUCUUCUCUCCAUCAUGGGAAUCACACUGGAAGAGAUUGAAGUCAAUGCAUCGCUGCCCAUUAACCCAACAAUCAUCCGAAUAAUGAGGGUCCUGCGUAUUGCUCGUGUGUUGAAGUUAUUAAAGAUGGCAGUUGGUAUGCGAGCCCUGUUGGAUACAGUUCUGCAAGCUCUUCCUCAAGUGGGGAAUCUCGGCCUGCUCUUUAUGCUACUGUUUUUUAUAUUUGCCGCGUUGGGAGUUGAACUUUUUGGAGACUUAGAAUGCACUGAUUCCCAUCCGUGUGAAGGUCUUGGCAGACAUGCCACUUUCAGGAACUUCGGCAUGGCCUUUUUGACUUUGUUUAGAGUUUCCACAGGAGAUAACUGGAAUGGUAUAAUGAAGGACACACUCCGUGACUGCAAUGAGGAUUCCACCUGUUACAACACCGUCAUCUCCCCAAUCUAUUUUGUUUCUUUUGUGCUGACUGCCCAGUUUGUCCUGGUCAAUGUGGUAAUAGCAGUGCUCAUGAAACACCUUGAGGAAAGCAAUAAGGAAGCUAAGGAGGAGGCAGAGUUAGAGGCAGAGAUGGAACUAGAGUUACAGAUCCAGAACAUGCAGGUUCCAGAUCCAGACCCGUUUAUGUGGACUGGGAGAGAUCUUGGCUACCCUCAGGAAGGUUCUUAUGGAUAUAUGAAUUCUGUGCAGAACAAGGCCGACUCACAGCUUUCAUUAGUCAAUCCCAUGGAAAGACACAUGUUUGAUACAAUAUCACUACUGAUCCAGGGAUCCUUGGAAGGAGAGAUGAAGCUGAUGGACAAUUUGUCUGGCUCUGUGUGCCACCAUUACGCCCUCCCUCCCACUGACAACGGCUCCUCAGAAAAACAGAUACCACUGGCAGAGAUGGAAGGCCUAUCAAUGACAUCGGACAUUCUGUCAGAAAAGUCAUGGUCCUUAGCUCUGACAGAUGACUCCUUGCCAGAUGACCCCAACCUCAACCCAUUUGGUGUACUGGAAACCAAACUGGGGCUCCCUGAGGAGAAACAUUCCACAGCCACAGAAGAGGCUACUAAUCUUCUCAGCGUACGAAAACCUUCAGUAUGCCGGACCCACUCCCUGCCCAAUGACAGCUACAUGUUGAAAACAGGAGGCUCAUGCGUUGAGGGCCACGAGCAAAGAAACCACUGUUACCAGAAAUCAGGUUCCAGCACAACAAUUGAGUCUCAGCCAAAUGACCUCAACUCUCUUCUCCAAGUGCCACAAAUCUCCAUUCCUAAUGAAGCUUCAGGAAGUACAGUGCUGUCAAUCAUUCCCAAACUCCCAUCCCCCCUGUGUUCUCCAUCUGCUAAUAGGAUGCUUCGGAGACAGGAAGCAAUCAGAACCGACUCUUUGGAAUUUUUUUCCAAUAGCAAGGAAAAUGUUGGGAUAACUGAUCCUCCACCUGUAUAUAUUCCAGUUUGCCAGGUGUCCACAGACACAUCCUCAGCUUUCAUUGAACCAGAGAGAACUUUAUGCCAGUUGAAACGACGCAGUGUUUACACCCAGCAAGUCCAAGAUACCUGCAAGAUGUUCAGGUACCCUGAUACUUCCCACACCAAUAUGAACAUAUUACGAGAAACCUCACAGGUUCCAGAGAAAGAAGAUUUGUUGAGUGCAACAUGUUGUGAACGGCAUCUCAACUCCAAAACAUGUAAAGCGUUAAGUGUCUAUUCUGCAGCAUACUCCUUAAGCCAGAAACUGAAACUAGGUAACAGCAGCAAUGUUAUUUUGAAGGACAUGAAGAGGUUCUACAGCGUAGAUGCUCAAGGUGUCCUUAAAAAGACAUCCUCUUGGUUGGAUGACCCCAGAAGACAUUCUAUAGAAAUUUGUUCUUUAGAGAACACCCUUCAUCGCUACUCUACUUCACGUUCUUGUGGAUUCAUUAGCCACAAAUUUCAGGAGAAGGAGGACUUGCAAAUAGUGCACAGGACAGGUGGACAUGAUCCUGUCUGUCCAGAUUGUGUUUACUCAGGAGAAGCAUCAGAACAACCACUCUCAUACGUCUCAAGUGGACAAUCACAAUCGUCAGACUCGACCGAGCUCAAUAAAAUAGUUGACUCUUUCAUUCCGGAAAUGCAGACAUCCCCUAAACCACUGGCCGAUCUAAUUUCUGUUGACAGUUUUUCUAUGGAUACGGUUGAAUUAAAUCAAUGACUAUGCAAUCGGGUGCCAAAAUAAACACAUUUCGAUUCUAUUGGGUUAAAUAUCCAAAGAGGGACUUGUGAACCUUGCAGCUCUGGGAAUAUACUUGAACAAUGCAUCUGCUUGGAUAAUAGCAAUACAUUUUCCAAAAUUUUGUUUAGUAAGAAAGAAUAAGAGAGCUCAACAUGUAUAAUAUUUUUUAUUAAAUAAAUUUAUUGGAGUA